AUGCAGAACCUCAUUCACACCUUCAUUGACCCUCUGCGCGACCGCUUCGCACCGUUAAAUCACAACUCGAAUUUCCGUGCGACUGGUCAAAUCACACCGGAAGAGUUCCAGGCUGCUGGUGACUUCUUGGUCUACAAAUUUCCUAGCUGGUCGUGGGCCGAUGCUGCGACGCCCGAUAAGCGUGUUCCAUACUUCCCUGCAGGCAAGCAAUAUCUCAUUACGCGAGGCGUUCCUUGUCGCCGACGGAUUCGAAAUGACGACUUUGCCGGUUCUGCUGGAGAAGAUCAGCUCGUCAAAGAUUUUUUGAGGGAGACAGGCGCCGAGGCAGAUGGAGAGGAUGAUGGUUGGUUGAAGGCGGGCGGUGGCCGUGCCGAAGCCGAUGCAUUGAAAGACGGGACGGCAACGGACAACGAUAGCAAAUUUGGCGGUCAGACACAGGGCGAGGAAGACGACAUUCCAGACAUGGAUGAGGAAGAUGACGAUGACGACGCUGUCAUCCGUGACACGAGCAAAAAGAGCAACGAAGGACUGAGGACCUACACUUUAUACAUCACCUAUACCCCUUACUACAGAACGCCUCGAUUGUAUUUACUUGGUUACGACGGCAACACAAACCAACCACUAGCGCCGUUGGAAAUGAUGGAAGAUAUUGUUGGCGAUUACAAGGAUAAGACUGUCACCCUGGAGGAUUUCUUCUUCACGAAUCCCGUCAUCAAGACUGCAUCUGUACAUCCGUGCAAGCACGCCAGCGUUAUGAAAGUCCUUCUGGAUCGAGCCGACGCUGCUUUAAAGCUACGGACAGAACGAUUGAAGCACGGCGAGAAGCCUCCCUCAAUUGGCGUCGAGGGCUUGGUAGAUCAGACAGCGGGUCUAUCCGUAAAGGACAAGGACAGCAAAAAGGAAGGCGAAGCAGAUUGGGAGGUCCUAUCAUCUGACGGCUCACAGGAUGCGGAAGUACCAGCCAUCCGGGUAGAUCAGUACCUGGUCGUUUUCCUGAAAUUCAUGGCCUCCGUCACUCCUGGCAUCGAACAUGAUUUCACCAUGGGGGUCUGA